CAGUGCAAAGAGAUGCUUAGAGAAGAGAUUAACCUGAGCAUCUUUUCCCUAAUUACAGAAAUUAGGAAGUGGCUGCCUGAAUUAUUUUCCAAAGGAUAAACAUUACAAAUAAUUAAAAACGCAACUCACCAGAAGAUCCUUUUGAUUUGGGGGAAACACAACUUCCAUCAACCACAAGGGAUGCUGCUACUCAGAUGCCACCUGAAACACACUCCUCUUUCUCAGGCUUCGUGUGGGCUCUGUGCCGUAAUGGGGAAACUGCAGAGCAAACUCAAACACAGCAGUUACAAAUACAGCAGGCCUGACGGAAUCAUGGAAGAGAGAAUUCAAACUAAAGCUUCUCAAGAGUAUAGCCCCGCUCAUGUGGACGCUGUCUCUGCCGUUGCUGCUCUGAACUCAGACCUUUGUGUCUCUGGAGGAAAAGAUAAGACAGUCGUGGCCUAUAAUUGGAAAACUGGAAACGUGGUGAAGAGGUUCAAAGGACAUGAACGUGAAAUCACCAAGGUGGCCUGCAGUCCCCGGUCGGGCCAGUUCUUCAGCGCCUCUCGGGACAGGCGGGUCCUGAUGUGGGACUUGCACGAGGCCUCCCAGCCCAGGCAGCAGCUGUGCGGCCACGCUCUGGCGGUCACCGGCUUGGCCGUGAGUCCAGACGCGUCCCAGCUGUGCACUGGCUCUCGGGACAACGCCCUGCUUCUGUGGGACGUGGGGACCGGACGGUGUGUGGAGAGAGCCUCGGUCUCCAGGAACCUGGUCACUCACCUGUGCUGGGUCCCCAAUGAACCAUAUAUCCUGCAGUCCUCUGAAGAUAAAACCAUCAGACUAUGGGACAGUCGGGGGCUACAGGUGGCUCACAUGUUUCCCACAAAGCAACACAUUCAGACCUACUGUGAAGUCAGCAUGGAUGGUCACAAGUGCAUCUCCUGCAGCAACGGUUUUGGAGGCGAAGGCUGUGAAGCCACAUUGUGGGACCUAAGGCAGACAAGAAACAGAAUACUUGAGUAUAAGGGGCAUUUCCAGACAGUUGCAUCCUGUGUUUUUCUACCAAGAACAUUGGCCUUGGUGCCUGCGAUUGCUACCUCAUCCCAUGAUUCCAAGGUGAAGAUAUGGAACCAAGAUACUGGAGCCUGCCUUUUCACCUUGUCUCUGGAUGGAUCUGGACCCUUAACUUCCCUGGCUGUCGGUGAUCCCAUCUCCUUAUUAUGUGCAAGUUUCAACAGAGGAAUUCACCUACUCAGAGUGGACCACAGCCGAGGGCUGGAACUGGAGGAAGUGGCAGCAUUCUGAAGCCGAGAGACAUUCACCAAACAAUAUCAAAUCAUGGCCCUCUGUGUGGCUUUGUUUUUCCAUGUUAUCUUGGGGUGGGUGGAAUAUAGGGCUGGUGUUCUUUGCUUAGGUUUACUUAGAAGGUAUAUCAGUGUUAGAAGUCAAUUUAAGUUCAGUGGUUCAAAAUCAGGUAUGAAAUUUAGAAACACGGACUAAACAUAAAGUUGACAAUCUAAGUUAAACCCAAAUGCAGUGUUUUAGUGAGCACUUGGGAUGACUCUUCAGGGAAAAAAAAUGUUUUAUUCAAAAUGAUGAUCUAAAGAUAUAGGAGUGAUGGACCUGCGACUGUGAGAAGAAGCAUGGAGCUUGAUUCCAUCCGUCUCUCCACAAAAAUAAAUAAAUAAAUAGAUAGAUAGAUAAGAAGAAAUAAAAGGCAACAGGAAUAGAGUCUGCUUUAGUUGCCUCAGAAAAUAAUUGAGAUGGGAAAGUAGCUUGGCCCAUAGAGGACAUGGAUCGUCUACAUAGUUUAAGCUCUGGGCAUCGCUCCUCAGCACCGAAGGAUCAAAGCUGGGCGAGAAAGCCAAAGCCUCGGCUUCUACCCAGAGCAGGGRAGGUGGUAAACCCCUGCCCUUGCAUGUGCCUUCCUAGACCAGCGCUGCUGAAGUGCUUCAAGAGGCUGACCAGCACAAGGACAUCACCCAGAUCAUAAGAGUUAUCUCAUUUCCAUGGAUAAGAAAAUGGACAGAG